AUGGCAAAAAUCAUUGACCCAAAGGAUUAAACAUCAUUACUAGAAACCUAGACAUAAGUUGAAUUCAGUUCAAAAAAUUGUGCUAAAGUUUUCUUCUUUACAUGGAUAUAUCGAUUAUUAGCUGUAAAAUAAAUUCUUAAGAAAUUUUUAAUAGAUUGGAAAGAAUAAACCUUUGGUUUAAGGAGACUUAGUGCUCGUUGAUUAAGCAUCGAAUAUGUCAACAUCCCAUUAAAGAUUUUAUGCCUUUUUCAAAAUAAAGAAAUUUAUAAAUUCUUUAUUCUGUUCAUAUAAAUGUACAUUAAUAUCUUAAUUAAAGGUUUAAUCUUAUUUUGUGGAGUAUUAUAUUUAGCUGUUUCAGGGUUAACCUUAUGUAUGCCAAUAAUAACUUAAGAAUCUUAAAAAUAUUUUAUAUAUGAUGAACCAGAUGAUAAACCUUCAUUUUCAAGCAUGUUAUUAUUUACAGCUAUUCAACUUAUUUAUAUGAUAGCACUUUCUUUAAUAAAGCCAUAUUAAUUAUUUUAUUCUUCCUUAUUGAGUAUUAAAUAAUAAGGAGCAUUAUAAUAAGAAAUACUAAUAAAAACAUUAAAAUUUCCAAUAUCUCGUUCUUAACAUUACUCUACAGGGGAACUAAUUAACAUGAUGUAAGUGGAUAUAAAUUAGGCUUCAAAUUAUUUUUAUAAUGCAAUAGUUAUUUUUACGGUUCCAUUAUAAUUAAUAAGUGCUUUCAUAGUAAUAUUUAUCACUUUAGGAAAUUAAGCAAUUGUUCCAGCUGUUGGAGCAAUAAUUUAAGCCAUAAUUGGAUUGAUAUUUGGAUAUUUGUAUGGAAUUGUUUAAAAGAGAUAUAUGGUUGCUAAGGAUAAUAGAAUGAAAGCUGUUGAUGAAGCAUUAAUGUAUGCAAAACAAGUUAAAUUGAAUUCUUUUGAAGACUUUUUUGAAGAAAGAGUAAUUAUUUAAUAUAAUAUUUAAUAGAUAAAAAAAUAUAGAGAGAAGGAACUUCAAUAAUUAAGAAAUUAAGUUUUAAUGAUGAUUUUUAUUUAACUCAUUUAUGGAAUAGUAUAAAUAUUAACAUGGGAAUGCAUUUUUUAUUUUUCAAAUGAAGUUAAUUUUGGAACAAUGAGCAUAAUGAUGUAAAAUUAUAAUAGUAUACUUAAUAUUUUAACAGUCUUACCUAAUCAAUAUAAAAACUUUUAAAUUUCAAGAAAUUCUAUGGCUAGAAUUGAUAAUUAUUUUUUAUAAUAGGAAUGCAAUAUGAUAGAAAGAUUUAAUGAAAUAAUAAAUUAUGCAAUCAAAAUAAAUAAUGGUAUUUAUAGUUGGAAAUCUAAUGAUUAAAUGAAUGAAGAUGUAAUAGAAAUAAAUGAUGAAAAUUAAGAAAUAGCAGAUUAGAAUGUUUUUCAAAUAAAUAUAGAUUUAGAAAUUAAAAAAGGAUAAUUUAUAGCUUUUGUUGGAAAGUAUUUUAAUUUAUUAAUAAAUUUAGUUCUGCUUCUGGAAAAUCAACAAUAUUAAGAUCUAUUUUAGGAGAAACUUAUAAAAAAUAAGGAAAUAUUUUAGUAAAUGGAACAAUUAGUGUAGCUACUUAAGAUCCUUGGAUUAUAAGUGGUAGUAUUAAAAAAAAUAUUACUUUUAUGAAUUAAUUUGAUGCUCUUAAAUAUAAAUAAGUUAUUAAAAUAUGUGGAUUAGAAAGAGAUAUUGCUUCAUUUAAAAAUGGAGAUGAUACAAUUUUAGGAGAAAAAGGUGAUAAUUUAUCAGGUGGAUAAUAAAAAAGAAUCAAUUUAGCUAGAGCUAUAUAUAAUGAUGCAGAUAUAUAUUUAUUAGAUGAUCCUACAAGUGCUUUAGAUAUUAAAGUUAAAUAUUAGAUACAUUAAUAAUGUAUAUAAGGAUAUCUUAAGAAUAAAACUAGAAUCUUAUUUACUAAUUCUUUAUCUAAUUUAUAAGAAUGUGAUAUGAUCUAUAUGAUUGAAAAUGGAAAGAUUAUAAAAUAAGGUAAAUUUCAUUAAAUUGCUGGUUUAAAUGAUGAUUAAUAAUAUUCUUAAAAAGAAAUAAUUGAUAUUUAAUUUGAAUAAAAACAUUAUAAAAAUGAGGAUCCAGAUAAUUUAGAUGUUAAAUCAAGUUUGAUUCAAUUAGAAGAUUAAGAAAAAGGGGAUAUAUCAAAAUCUGUUCUAAGAUAAGUCUUUGCAUAUAUGGGUAAAUAUAUAGCAAUAUUUUGUAAUAUACUUUAUUUUGGUAUUGUUUUGGGUUGUUAAUUAUUUGGUAAUUAGGUUAUGGCCCAAUAAGAUUUAUCAAAUGAUGAAUAUAGAACUUUAGCUAUGGUUUAUUUCCCAUUGAUUUAAUCACCUAUUAUUAUAGCAAUAGUAUUGUUAAAUACAUAUUAUUUAAUAAUGGGUUUAUCAACUUCAAAGAAAAUUCAUAAUUCAAUUAUUUUUAGUUUAUUGAAUGCCUCAUAUACAAAAUUUUACAAUACAAUUCUUAUAGGAAGAUUAAUGAAUAGAUUAAGCAAAGAUAUUUACAAUAUAGAUUUAUUGUUCCCAAAUGAAAUACAAAAUUUAGUUAUUUAAGUAACAAGUCUAUUACUUCCAUUAUUUGCUGGUUUUCUGUAUUUAAAUCCUAUUGCAUUACCAUUAAUAAUCAUCUUUUUUAUUAUUCUAAUUUAUCUAACAAUAAUAUAUUAUAGAUGUUUAAGAGAAAUUACUAGAAUUGAAGCAGUAUCAAAGAGUCCUGUCUUUUCUUUUUUUUAACAAAUUGUUAGAGGAAUAACAUAUGUUAGAACAUGUUUACCACUAGAAAAAGUAGUUAUUUAAUAAUAAAGAAAUGUUGAUGUAGAUCUUGGUAAUUAAAUUAAUCUAUAUGGUUUUUAAUAUUGGUAUCAAUCAUUAGCAGGAUCAAUUACAAAUCUAUUUUAGGCAAUGUUAUUUAUAAUUUGUGUAUUCUAUUUAUUUUAUUAUAGUUUAUAUUUCCAGGAAAAACUUAACAACUGACAAUACUAGUAUUAAAUUAAAUGUAAGCAGCUUCAUAAUUGCUUUUAAACUCUACAAUAUCUUAUGGAAAUAUUUAAAUGUAUCUUAUAAGUUUUGAAAGAUGUUUGCAUUUAGCAAAGUAAAUUAUAUAUUAAUUAUUAAGUAAAAUUGAAUAAGAAGAAAGAACUAUUUCUUUGAUAACACCUAAUACAAAUGAUACUGAUAAUAGUGAUGUUAAAUAGGAUAAAGAAGAUAAUAUAAUUUUACAACUUGAUAAUUGCUCAUUCUAAUAUAGACCAAAUUCUAAAUGUGUUUUAUCAGAAUUAUCAUUAUAAUUACACAAAAAAGAAAAAGUAUCUAAUUACUUAAACAUUAUAGAUUGGAGUAGUAGGAAGAACUGGAGCUGGCAAAAGUUCAAUUAUAUUAGCUUUAACUUAAAUUCUUGAAUAAACAGAAGGUUCAAUAAAGAUAGAGAAUAAAAAUAUGAAUUAUUAUUCAAUAAGUGAAUUAAGAUAAAAGUUUGCAAUUAUACCUUAAGAUCCUCUUAUUUUUAUGGGAACAUUAAAAUAAAAUUUGGAUCCUUUAAAUAAAUUUGAAGAAUCUCAUAUUUUAGAAGUUGCAAAAUAAUGUGGUUUAUUAGAAAUGCAGAGUUUUAAUUAAUAAGGAUUACAAAGUGAAAUAGCUUUAUCAGGUAGUAAUUUAUCAUAAGGAGAAAAAUAAUUAUUAAAUAUUGUAAGAUGUAUAUUAGAAAAUAAAAAUAUUGUUUUAGUAGAUGAAGCUACAUCUAAUAUUGAUUCUAAAAUUGAAGAACAUGUUAAAAAUGUAAUUAAACUUUUAUUAAUAUUUAGUUAUUUGAAAAAUAUUUUUAGAAUGCUGCAAUGAUAUCAAUAGCACAUAAAGUGACUACAAUUAUGAAUUCAGAUAAAAUUAUGGUUUUAAAUGAUGGAAAAAUUACAGAAUUUGAUCAUCCAUAAAAAUUGCUUGAAAAUCCUAAUAGCGAAUUUAAAUAAAUUAUAGAUUUAAUAAAAAAUUCUGAGGAACUUUGA